AUCUAAAGGCCAUUGAUGAUGAGAUCAAUUUAUUUUUGGACAAUAUGUUUGGACCUCGAGAUUCUCGAGUCAGAGGAUGGUUCCUGUUGGACUCUUACCUUCCUACCUUUUUUCUUACUGUCAUCUACCUGCUUUCAGUAUGGCUGGGUAACAAGUAUAUGAAGCACAGAGAUGCUCUUUCCCUCAAGGGCAUCCUCACCUUGUAUAAUAUAGGGAUCACACUUCUCUCCAUAUAUAUGCUGGCAGAGCUUAUUCUGUCCAGCUGGGAAGGAGGCUACAACUUACAGUGUCAAGAUCUUACCAGCGCAGGGGAAGCUGAUACCCGGGUAGCCAAGGUGUUAUGGUGGUACUACUUCUCCAAAUUAAUAGAGUUCCUGGACACAAUUUUCUUUGUUUUGCGGAAAAAAACCAGUCAGAUUACUUUUCUGCAUGUUUACCAUCAUGCCUCUAUGUUUAACAUCUGGUGGUGUGUUUUGAACUGGAUACCUUGUGGGCAAAGUUUCUUUGGACCCACACUGAACAGUUUCAUCCACAUCCUUAUGUACUCUUACUAUGGCCUUUCUGUGUUCCCAUCCAUGCACAAGUAUCUUUGGUGGAAGAAAUAUCUCACACAGGCUCAACUGGUCCAGUUCCUGCUCACCAUCACCCACACCAUGAGUGCCGUCGUGAAACCCUGUGGCUUCCCCUUCGGCUGUCUCAUCUUCCAGUCCUCGUACAUGCUUACAUUAGUUAUCCUGUUCUUAAAUUUUUAUGUUCAGACAUACCGAAAAAAGCCAGUGAAGAAGGAUAAGGAAGAGCCACCUGCGUGGAAAGAAGUGAAUGGUUUUUCCAAAGCCCACUUCACUGCAACUAAUGGAGUGAUAAACAAGAAAGCACAAUAAACAUGGAGUAACCGACACACAUAAGUAAUAGCCUAACAGAUUCGCUUGUUUUAAAGCAAAGACUGAAUUCAAAGUUACAUAUGUUUUAGCAUAAACUAAUUUCUUUUGAGUUUAUAAAUCAUUUGUACCUGGAAUGUGUCAAUACAUUGCUGUUAGGUCACCUGUUAACUGAAUGCUUCAGUCAGCACCGUGGGGCACCUGCGCGACCCGUCCCUCCUUCCUGCGGGCAGACUGGACCCCUCACCAGAAACUGUCUUUUUAAGGCCUUACACACAAAGCCAGGAAACCUGGAACCUUACUUUUCUCAGCAAGUCUUCAAAUAAAACGUUAAGGGUUUUGUUCAGAUUAAAAUGUUUAAAACAAAACAUUAACUGUCUUCUAAAUGCAGGAAGCAUCCCAAUCUAUAUUAAGCAAUAAUUGCCAGUGAAUAGUGUAAUUGGUCCAUUUGUUUCUUUAGGAACCAACCCCCAAAAAAUAUUAAAAUGGGAUCAUAAAAGAUCGAAAAACCUAGCUAGAACGUCAAAUUCCCACAUUAAUUCUAAUUCUUAGUGUACGGUGAUAAAAUUUGUAUGUUUCCAUUUUGAAGAUUAGUUUUUCUAAGAAGAAAGCAUCUUCUGCCAAAUCCUCGCGGCUCAGGGGCUUUGGAUAGUUGUUCCUUGGUUUUCAUUUCAUUUCUCUAUUCGCAUGUUCGCGCCUUCCUCCCAUGUUAAGUCACCCAGCGGAAGGAUGUGGGCAGAUGCCAUGCUCAGUUUCAAGCAGGAUCAAGAUCUGGCUGCCCGCUUCCUUUCUGAACAAGGACCCAAGUCGUCCUCCUUUUCCGCUGAAUGGUACGCCGCCAGAAUAUCAGAACAGAGCGGUGGGGGCAAAACAGACACUGAGUUUGUAACUGCUUGUGAGCCUGCUUGUGAGCAUCGGCCCCAAGUACCUGAUAUCACUCUUUGCAGGUUAAGUUUUUGAAAACAGGAAGAGAAAGACUGAGGACCGUGGAAAGAUUCCAACACUGAGCCGCAGCUGGCGAUGGGCCCCAGAGAGAAGUGUCCCUUCAGCAAGAAUGGCGCCGCCCUUCCCCGCUCAGGGAAUGUUGGGCGCAGACGCUGAGCGGCCACAUGAGUAAGUCCUUGCAUCUAGGUAUUGGACUGCUACUUAUUAUUAAGUUGUGGAAGGAAUGGAAACUGUAUUUUCUGAAGAUCUGAUGAAGAUUUAUACCCUGUGAGUAUUAUUUAUACUCAAAACAAGAUUUGCCAACUUUGACACUUUUUCUUUCCUUCCUUUUUAAAUAAGUUUUAGGUCAUGAUGUUGCCAUCAAACUCAUCAGUGCCCAAAAGCAUUGUCACCGUGGCCCCAGCACGUUACAGUCUGGUCAGCAGUGCCUUUCUGUCCUUUUUUUUUUUUUUUUUUGCCAUUUUUUACCCUAGCUCCAGUUUUAAAAUUAUUUUGCUUGUUCAAAAAAAAACACUGACCCAUGGGCUGACAUUGUACUAACACCACACCGCCUCUUCCUACUCCUCAUUCCUGUAACUGUCCCUCAGGAUCCCGUCAGCUAUCGGAAAGGCGGCCAGUCUAGUCCAGCUGCACGGUGACUGCGUGUGCCCUGUAACGUCCUCUUGUCUGCUAGCUGAUCCAUUUUUUUAAACAGACAUAAUGCCCUCUUAUCCUUGGACUUGUUUUUCUAAGUAGUUUUCUAAAACUAACUUGUUUUAGGGUGCUCACCCCCUUCUCCUAUCACCUUAUAACAUCAUCACAGUUUUGUUACAAGUAUUGUUCUCUCCCAGAAACUCAUUUUAAAAUAAGGGCUAGCUUCCAGGAUGACCAUUUGUGUUCCUCUAUAACAAAGCCAGAUGGACUAAAAAGAAAGCCCCUUGGAGCAACUGGACUCUAAUCCAGUCUUAGGUCUGAAACCUGAGCUACAGUCCGUUAUCAAAGUGCAUUCCAGGUAAAAAUGAGGCUCAAGGAGCAGACAGAUAUCACUGGUCAUUCGCUUUUUAAUUGUCAACAAGGCCCUGAAGUCUCGCCACUCAGCACCACACCUGCUCUUUCAGAUGCUUUUAUGGAUGUCAUGCCUGCAGAGCAAGGAGGGAAGCCACCCUUCAGUAGAAUCAAGAGACAAACAGCUGUGUGUACAAGGCAGCUUGAAGCUUCUCUGAUCACAGAGAAAAACUUGGCUUGUUUAUACUUACAAGCCCAAUUUAGUUCAAGGUUUCAGGAUUCUUAUUUCCAAUUUGGUCUUUAAUUCGAGUAAAGUUUAAUAAAACACUUAAAACCUUAAACAUUCAAGGGCUGGUAAAAAAAAACAGAGCUAUGAAAUCUUAGCUGCAAAAAUUGAAUCAGGUAAAUAUUUUAACCUGUCAUUAAGUGUUACCGAUUUAAAAAACAAUGUUUACUUUUAAUGUGAUUUUCCUAAAGAAAAGUAUGAUCUGCUAAACAAUGGAAUUUUUUCCCAAAUAAAUUUCACUACUUGUGGGAAUAAAAAACCCUUAAUGCUACAAGCAUAUCUAUUAAUAAUUCCAAUUUUUUAAACAAAAUGGAAUGUUUAGUGGAAUUAAAUUUUCAACCCAUCAUGAAUAUAUAUGUUGAAUAUUUUAGGCAUAUUUAGAGAUAAGGAUGGGCAGACCAACACAUUGUAUGUAAGAAGCCAUUCUAAUAUUUCUGUAUAAUUUUAUGAUAUUUCUGGGGGCUUCCUUAUUUGGAAAAGAAAGAUACCACUUUUUUGGUUUUCCUUUGAAAGUACUUGUAUCUUAAGAACAUAAUAUCAUGAUUGGGGUGGACAGGGCAGCAGGAGAAGCCAUUUUUCUUUGUAGAUAAAAAGCAUUCUGUAUAAUUGUACAAUAAAUUGAUUUUUACACUAAA